CUCUCUCUUUCUAUACCGUCUUUUCUGACUUUGGGGAGGUGGGCACCACCACCACCACCUCACCCUCGAGACUUCACCAAAAAAAUCGGGUCCAUUAAGUCUACGGUCACCGGUUUCCUCCGUAUUCCAUACGUAUAAUCUUCGGAUUUUCUCCUGUACUCUUUUGGAAUUUAGGAUCAUCACAGGGUUUCUCCUCAGGAUCCUCAUUUGUUUUCAUGGAAUAAUCAUCAUUCGACGUUAUCGGCUUUUACGGAAGGUGGUAUUUGACUUUGAAGCCAUAAAGAGUUUGUUGUUCUGAUGGAGGUGGAUGGGUCUAUGUAUUUGGUGGAUUGAUGAGUGGUUUUUUUGUGAACGGGUUUUGAUGGGUUUGAAGGAAAUUCCUGUUUGGAGCUUUGCAACAUUAGGAUCGUUUGAGAAAGAGAAUUCUGAUCUGAAGGGCUGUUUCUGUGCUGAGGAGGAAGGAGAAGAAUAAGGAGGUUUGAAGUUGUAAAGCCUUUUAGGGUUUUCAGGGCGCUUCUGGGGCAAUGGAAGACGCUAAUUCUUGGAUUCGAAGAACAAAGUUUUCUCAUACUAUUUUUCAUAGGUUGGAUUCGACAAGGUUGGCCUCCUUCCCUUUAACCAUUAGCCCGGAAAGAAAUUCGGGUUUGAAAUCGAGGCCGCAGAGAGGUUCUCUAAAUCUUAAAUCGGAACCUAGUGAUCCACAGGGUAGGAGAAAUGCUUUUACAAACAAGCAGAGGUCUUUGUCGCCCCUCCCCGAAUCCAAACUUUCUGAUGAGUUUAAGGAAGCUCGGUCUGAUCGGAAGAGGUUCUCCACUCCAGUUCCUCGAAGAAAGGAACACGAAAAAGGAAUUAUGGGCAAAUUGUUUUCCAAAGAUUCACAAGACCCCAAGGCAAGCAAUUCAAAUAAACAGUCCAAUACUAGCCCUCUUAGGCACUUGACUUCUACCAAAAAUCAUGAUAAAGCAAAGUUCAGGAAGGAGCCAUCUUGGAUAAAGUAUUUCGAUCAUGGAGGGGGGAGGGUUACAGCUGUGGAAGCUGCAGAUGAAUGGAUGGCUGAUCUCUCUAAGUUGUAUCUGGGGCUUAGGUUUUCUCAUGGGGCCCAUAGUCGAUUAUACCAUGGGGUUUAUGAGGAACAACCUGUUGCAGUGAAAGUUAUCAUGGUGCCAGAUGAAGAGGAGAAUGGGGCCUUGGCUUCUAAGUUAGAGAAGCAAUUCAAUGGGGAAGUCUCUUGUCUUUCUCGUCUCCACCAUCAAAAUGUCAUAAAGUUUGUAGCAGCAUGGAGAAGGCCACCUGUUUUUGUUGUCAUCACGGAGUAUCUUUCAGAGGGUUCAUUGAGGGCAUAUUUGCACAAGCUUGAACAUAAGUCUCUUCCCUUGGAGAAACUAAUCACCAUUGCCCUGGAUAUUGCUCGAGGAAUGGAAUACAUCCAUUCACAAGGCAUCAUUCAUCGGGAUCUCAAACCUGAGAAUGUCCUUGUUACUAAAGACUUCCACAUGAAAAUUGCAGAUUUUGGGAUAGCUUGUGAAGAAGCAUAUUGUGAUUCUCUGGCUGAUGAUCCAGGGACUUAUCGAUGGAUGGCUCCUGAAAUGAUCAAACAUAAGUCAUAUGGACGGAAGGUUGAUGUGUACAGUUUCGGACUUAUCUUAUGGGAAAUGGUGGCUGGAACUAUCCCUUAUGAGGAUAUGGCACCCAUCCAAGCUGCUUUUGCUGUAGUGAAUAAGAACUUAAGACCCGUGAUUCCAGUUGACUGUCCCCCUGCCAUGCGAGCUCUGAUUGAGCAAUGUUGGUCCUUGCAUCCAGAUAAGAGACCUGAGUUUUGGCAGGUUGUGAAGGUAUUAGAGCAAUUUAAGUCUUCACUUGCUCUUGAUGGAACCCUGAACCUGGUACGAUAUGCAACUUGUCAAGAUCAUAAGAAAGGCCUUCUUCAUUGGAUACAAAAGCUGGGUCCCGUGCAUCAUAAUACUUCAUCCAUGCCUAAACCUAAAUUCACAUGAAUCUUCUGUAUGGCCUGGCUUUUGUAGUUUCCCAGGCUACAAUGUAAUUAAAAAGGUUCGUCUUUUAAGCCUCUUUUACUUGUAUUCCUCUGUUUCAUAUUCAUGCCAGCGUGAAUGAAUUGAUUGGUAAAGUAUGCAUUGAGAUCAAAUUCACUGCAUUUACAGUUUACAUACACAACACAUGAUCUCUAAGCUGGGGUGUCUUGAACAGUAUAAAAUAGUUGGUUGUCUUGAACCUUAUAAAAUCAUUGGUGAAAAUAAUUUUCAUUUUUCUAAAUUGAUUCAUUUUUUUAAUCUUCUUUACCUUUCCAAAUCUUUGGAUUUCCAACAUAGUACCCCACUGUUUUAAGUUGUCAUGCCCUACCAUCCUAUAAGCACCUUUAGUGAUACAACUGCACUAUUUUGUUGGAAUUUUUGCAGGGGUGAUUGUUACUUGUUGGUGUAACAUUUUAUUGUUACCAUUUACUAUCUGUAACCGUAUUUGUUAACUAUAGUAAUGAACAACCGCUGUGUGUUGGAUUUCCCAUGGAAAGUAAAUUUUAUUAAUCUUGUUUUGAUUAGUGAGUAGCAUUUGAAAUGAGUUUGCCUUUUCCUUUUUCUAGAGUAAGAUAAUCCAAGGCUUAGUGUGUAUAGGCUAGAGCAAUUUCAAUAAAUGGCUAAGUAUGGUUUCAUCUCUACAUGAUCUCCAACCUCCUCUUUUGGGAAUUGUCCUUCUAAACCCUCCUCCUCCCUCUUGUUGUAGAGAACAGUUCGCGGUUGUUACUCAGUUUUAAUCUCUCUUAAAAGACACUGUUAUGUUUUCCAUUUGGGUUUGCCUGGACUUCCUAGUGAUGCUCAUACAUCUUUAUUCUCAAGAUACCAGCCUUACCAAACUACUUGGAAUUAGUAGAUUCGUUUCUGACGUUUUGAUUUCCAAAGUGUGUGCCACCUCAUCAUUUCAAUGAAAGUUUUAUCCAUGUUAUGUUUGGGAUGUUAUUAAUCCACUUUACACUUCCUACCAGAUUUUAGUUGUAUCCAUGUUAUUAUUUGAAGUCUAGUGCACUAUAGAACCAUUUCCUCUUUCUUCUGCUCUUAAAACCUCUUUUAACUUUCUUUAGAUGCCAUUCAUUUUCCAUAGUUCCAUGUUUUGCCAUUCAUGGAUUAUCACUCUUUACAUUUCACUGCUAUUUUCUUUCUAUUCUUUUGUUAUACUCGGUUGCAUGGAUUUAUGGAUAGAAGAAUUGACAAAAGAAAAAAAGGGAGAGAAGGAAAAGAGGAAAGAGAUGCUCUUACUAAUGCCCACAUUCUGUUGAUGGGUCAGCCUCUUAGUCUUUUUUACAUUAAAGAAGGGGCAGGUGGGAUCAUCAUCUGAUCAUGGAGAGAGAGAGAGAGAGAGAGAGAGAUAGGAUAGGAUAGGAUAUCAUGGUGUAUGCUCCAUGCAUCUCCAGAAAAAAGAAUCAGGAAAGAAAAAGGCAUAAGGCUGUGCAAGAUGUCACACUCCUAUCCCAUCAUCAUUAAUUAGGCUUUCUCGAAUGUAGGGGGUCAAGCCUCAUUUUUUGGGUAAUUUGUUUAAAAACAUAACCUCACAAGGAGUAAAACGCAAGGAAAAAACUGUUUAAAUAUUGAUUUCAACUAGGGGAAAUUUAAAUUUUGUGAAUCUUAAAGCCCAUUUGUUGCCUUUGCAGAUACCCAAAAGAACAAAGAUCCCUACUGGAAAGCUCCAUGGUUGGUGGGCCAAUUAGUUGAAAUAAAUCCUGUCUAGAAAUGCUUAGAAAUUUGACUAAUGAAAGGCCCACACACCCCUCCUCAUUAGUGGGUUCCUUGUAUUUCACCCUCUUUGUUUUUUUGGAUUAAAAGUAACUGAAGAAAUGAAAACAUUGAAAAGAACCAAGAAGAUUCACGGCUUCCACUUUGGGUAAGCUAGUAAAAUAGGAAUCUAAAAACAGUAACCAGAAAACCAAUUAAGAAAACAGCCUGAUAUCUGGGGCUGUACGAAUCUUAAUCAUAUUUUCUUUGGUUCCUGUCCCUUUAUAUGCUUCAAUAACAAAAUAUCUCACCCUUUCAUGAAUUGCUCAUAACUAGGUGGAGUUCUCAUGCACAAGUUAACCACACUGUGGAGACUUACCCAAUCAUGACUGGAUCAAGCUCUUCCUGCCUUUCAUCCAACAGACAACUGGAGACAAGCCCACCCCUGAAUCAAGAAUCAAGGAUUCAAUAUACAUCAUGUGAUUCAAAACUCAUACAUUAUAUAUCAAUACAAAUGUAGAACAUAUAUCAUGUGAUUUAACGCUCAUGUAUUAUUAUGUAUGUUUGCUUA